CUCAAUGCAAACGCACCGCUCAAACUCGAAGGGUGUGAUUAGAGUCACGUGCGCACCCUAAACCGGCAACUUUAAGCAAUUUCGAAGCCCCAACGAGAGGCAGGUUUAACACCCGCAGACCGCUGAAAUGAUUAUCGAGAUCGUAAUCCCACGACAUCUCGAUCGAUGACUGGAUCAGCAAAAUGGUGGAACGGAAGAAGGGACUGAUCGCGAUGCUAAUAACACUCCUCAUCUACCCGAAAGAUAAUUUUGGAGGCGCAUUUCAACCCGAAUUCUUGAAGCCGAUUACCAAUGUCACCGUUCCGAUCGGCAGGGAUGCCACCUUCACAUGUCACGUCGGUUACUUGGGUGGAUAUAGGGUGGGCUGGGUAAAGGCGGACACGAAAGCGAUUCAGGCCAUUCACGACCACGUGAUAACGCAUAAUCCACGCAUAUCCGUGUCGCACGGCGAUCAUUCAACAUGGAGCUUGCAUAUAAAGGGUGUACAAACGGAGGACGCGGGUCUCUACAUGUGUCAAGUCAAUACGGACCCGAUGAAAAGCCAGACAGGUGUUUUGAACAUUGUUGUUCCGCCGGAUUUCGUCUCGGAGGAGACUUCGGGUGACGUCAUGGUGCGAGAGGGUGGACAGGUAAAGCUGACUUGCAAAGCACGAGGAACACCGAAUCCAAGAGUAAUAUGGCGCCGGGAGGAUGGCCGGGAUAUAAUCCUUCGGGAACCCACUCCUGGCGGUAUACCGAUUCAAAAGACGCGCAAUAUGCCAGUGAGUCAAUACGAGGGUGAGAUUCUGAAGCUUUCUAAGGUUUCAAGGGCCGAGAUGGGCGCCUAUCUCUGCAUCGCGAGCAACGGCGUUCCUCCAACCGUCAGCAAAAGGGUCAUCAUAAACGUUCAUUUUCCCCCCGUGAUACACGUGCCGAAUCAACUGGUUGGUGCUCCGCUCGGAACCGACGUUGUACUCGAGUGUUUCGUCGAGGCCUCGCCCAAGUCCAUCAAUUACUGGAUCAAGGACAACGGGGCGAUGAUAAUAUCUAGCAACCGUCACGACGUGCAGACGGUGGCAAAAUCCGCAUUCGAGAUCCGGAUGACGCUGACUGUGCGGAGUUUCCACCACCAAGACGUGGGAUCCUACAGAUGCGUGGCUAAAAACUCGUUGGGAGAAGUAGAGAGCAGCAUCCGGUUGUACGAGAUUCCGGGACCUACGAGAACGCAAACGGCUUCCUGGCCUAGCGGUUUUAUCGACGAGGACGAGGAGAGCGUCGACGCCUACGGUUCGGCCGAAUUCGAAAAGUCGGACGCUAAGCAGUUUCAGCCGAUCGACAACACGGUUUACGGCCAGGCGGCUCAUCCCACAGUUUUUUCUACCUCGGGGCCGACCGUCAAGCUCGCCAAAAAACGGCCCAACUUCAUCGUCGGCUCCUCGUCGACCGUCAAUCGCGAGACCUACGUUCUCAUGACGGCGACCCUACUCGUUCACGUGUCUGCCACUAAUUUCCAGUGGCGUUGACGCUGAAUCGGGAGGUAGGGAAAA